ACUACCAGUUAUAAUGGUAACACAAUUACAGAUGCAGAAGAAGAGACGGAAAAAAUUAGCCCAUUUUGGUCGUUUAACGACUCCGCCGUUGACUUGGCAAAAUACGAACAAUUUGAUCAUCAACGCUUUAUCGAGACUGUGUUGGAUCCAGAAUUAGUACAACCAACAACAUCUAUUGUGCCAAAAAUUAAGACACCUCCACAUACAAGACGAAGAAAUUCCACUAAAAUCCAACAACCAAUAUCGCCUCCAGUAUUUGAGGGUCCAGAAAUGUCCAACGUGACUGCUAGAUUGGGCGAAAGCACGUUUCUAUAUUGCACAGUCCAAAAUCUGCAACAGAGACCGGUAUCGUGGGUUCGUCGUCGAGAUUGGCAUAUACUAAGCUCUGGUGUUUUUAUGUAUACAAAUGAUGACAGAUUUCAUGUAAUGCAUGCAGACAACGCAGAUAAUUGGGAUUUACAGAUCAAAUAUGUACAAAAGAGAGAUGCUGGUUCAUAUGAAUGUCAAGUGGCGAUGGGAACGGGUAUUGCUUCGCAUUACUAUAAUUUGGAUGUUAUUGUACCAACGGCUCGAAUUUUAGGAAGAGAAGAGUAUCAUAUUGGCAAAGGAAGCACAAUAAAUCUAAUUUGUGUUAUUGAAAAUGGAUCCUCGUCAACAAGGAAUGUCGUUUGGGUUCAUAAUGGAAUUCCUAUAUAUAAUAUUCAAAAUAACAAGAAAGAUGAUCCAGGUCCAAUAAUGGUAACUACGGAAGUUAUACAACCUGACAAUACCAUUCAGAGUAGGUUAUUUAUCCGAGGGGCAUCUCCAUCAGCUUUGGGAAAUUACACAUGCACAGCGCCAUACACUGAACCUGACACUGUCAAUGUUUACGUGAGUGAAG